AUGUACGUUCAGAAAAGAGAUGGCCGCCAGGAGCCGGUGCGGUUCGACAAGAUUACCUCGCGUCUCCACAAGCUCUGCUAUGGUCUCGACGGUAACCACGUUGAGGCCGAAGCAAUCACCAAGAAAGUCAUCCUGGGGGUGUACAAGGGUGUAAGCACGGUUGAGUUGGACGACUUGGCUGCCGAAACCGCGGCGUCGAUGACCACUCUCCACCCUGACUACGCUAUCUUGGCCGCGAGAAUCGCGGUGCUGAAUUUGCACAAGCAAACCACCAAGACUUUCUCGCACGUGUGCAAGGCGUUGUACGAAUGGGUCAACCCUAAGACCGGCUUGCACUCGCCGAUGAUCUCUGAGGAAACCUGGCAAAUCGUCCAAGAGAAUGAAGACGCCAUCAAUUCGGCCAUUGUCUACGACCGUGAUUUCAGCUACAACUACUUCGGGUUCAAGACUUUGGAACGGCUGUACCUUUUGCGUAUCGACGGUAAGAUCGCCGAAAGACCUCAACACUUGAUCAUGAGAGUCGCCAUCGGUAUCCACGGCAGAGACAUUCCGCGUGUCAUUGAGUUGUACAACAUGAUGUCGCAAAGAUACUUCACUCACGCUUCGCCCACUUUGUUCAAUGCUGGUACUCCUAACCCGCAAAUGUCGUCGUGCUUCCUUGUCGCUAUGAAGGAUGACUCUAUCGAUGGUAUUUACGACACCUUGAAGACUUGUGCUCUUAUCUCGAAGUCGGCCGGUGGUAUCGGUUUGCACAUUCACAACAUUCGUGCCACUGGUGCUUACAUUGCUGGUACUAACGGUACCUCGAACGGUAUCAUCCCUAUGCUUCGGGUGUUCAACAACACUGCUCGUUACGUUGAUCAAGGUGGUAACAAGCGUCCUGGUGCCUUCGCCAUGUACCUUGAACCUUGGCACGCUGACAUUUUCGAGUUCAUCGACAUCCGGAAGAACCACGGUAAGGAAGAAAUUCGGGCUCGGGACUUGUUCCCCGCGUUGUGGAUCCCCGAUUUGUUCAUGCAGAGAGUGGAACAAAACGGUGAAUGGACGUUGUUCUCGCCCAACGAAGCUCCCGGCUUGGCUGACUGCUACGGCGACGAAUUCGUCGAAUUGUACGAACGCUAUGAGCGUGAAGGCCGUGGUCGUCAAACCAUCAAGGCGCAAAAGUUGUGGUACUCGAUCCUUGAGGCUCAAACCGAAACCGGUACCCCUUUUAUGCUUUACAAGGAUGCUUGCAACAAGAAGAGCAACCAAAAGAACUUGGGGAUGAUCAAGUCGUCGAACUUGUGCUGUGAGAUCGUUGAAUACUCCGACCCUGAUGAAGUUGCCGUGUGUAACUUGGCUCUGAUUGCCCUUCCCUCGUUCGUGGAAAAGGACUCGAAGAGAACUUGGUACAACUUUGAGAAGUUGCACGAAGUGACUAAGGCCGUCACCCGUAACUUGAACCGUAUCAUCGACCGGAACUACUACCCCGUGCCGGAAGCUAAGCGUUCCAACUUCAAGAACCGUCCCAUUGCUCUUGGUGUCCAAGGUUUGGCUGAUGCGUUUAUGGAAUUGCGUUUACCUUUCGACUCUCAAGAUGCUCGUGAACUUAACAUUCAAAUUUUCGAAACCAUUUACCACGGUGCUAUUGAAGCUUCGAUCGAAUUGGCUGCUGUUGACGGUCCUUAUGAAUCUUACGAAGGUUCGCCUGCGUCCAAGGGCUUGUUGCAAUACGACUUGUGGGGCCGCAAACCCACUGAAUUGUGGGACUGGGACACCCUUAAGGAAAAGUUGGCUAAGCACGGUUUGCGCAACUCGUUGUUGGUGGCGCCUAUGCCCACUGCCCUGACCUCGCAAAUCAUUGGUAACAACGAAUGCUUCGAACCUUACACUUCCAACAUUUACUCGCGGAGAGUGUUGGCUGGGGAAUUCCAAAUUGUCAACCCUCACUUGUUGCGGGACCUUGUUGAGUUGGGUCUUUGGAACGACGCGAUGAAGGCUAACAUCAUUGCCAACAACGGGUCGAUCCAAUCGUUGCCUAACAUUCCUGAUGAAAUCAAGGCUCUCUACAAGACGGUGUGGGAAAUUUCGCAGAAGCACAUUAUUGACAUGGCUGCUGACCGGGCGGCGUUCAUUGACCAGUCUCAAUCGCUUAAUAUUCACAUCAAGGACCCGACUAUGGGUAAGUUGACCUCGAUGCACUUCUACGGGUGGAAGAAGGGUUUGAAGACUGGUAUGUACUACCUCCGGACCCAAGCUGCCGCUGCUGCUAUUCAAUUCACCAUUGACCAAGAACAAGCAUUGACUGCUGGUGAAACCAUGGCCACUUUGGAGAAGUUGAACCAACGUAGAUACGUGCCCCGCACCGGUCUGUCGCUGAGAGAGUCUCUGACUGAGCCCAACUCGUUGGAAAACUCGCUCUCUAACUUGAAGAUGGCGGAUACCCCUCAAGCCACUACUGACGACAAGCCCCAGGCCGCCACCGAAGGUGAACUGGAACAAGACAUUUACAGUGCCAAGGUUAUUGCCUGCGCUAUCGACAACCCUGAGUCGUGCACCAUGUGCUCGGGUUAA